CUGCUGCAAGCACGGAGUAGGCGAUGCAGAAGAAGAUUGCGGCAGCGUACAAAGCGACGCGCGCGCGGCUCAAGGCCGAGCGCCUCAAGAAACGCGAACGCGAACGCUUGGCCAAGCUCAACUCGGCGCUCGAGGAGGCGGGGCACGAGCCGUCCGCGGCCAUGACGACGCUUAAAGAGGUGGAAAACGAGGAAGACGACGACGACGAUGACGACGACGACGAGGCGCACUACCCCGGCAUGCACUCGGACGACAGCGAUGCCGACUCGCGCGACGACCUCGAUGUCAACGUGGACGACGAGUACGAGCUCCUUCUCACAGCCUUUUCGCACGCCGACACCGAGUCCAACGGCCGCUUAAACCGUGUACAGACGCGGCGAGCACUCGUGCAUGCGCUGGGCUUUGGUGUGAGCCAGGCCGACGUCAACGGCGCCAUCGAGACGUACUCGGAGGCCUACGACGACACAGUGACGUUCGAGGUGUUUGCGCGCAUCUUGACCUUUAUGAAAGACAAUCGUGAGGACGAAGCUAAGACGCCGCGCGCGAUGCCACUCGCACGCAAACUCUCACCGCGCAUGAAACAUCCAUGAUACAAAGACAAUAUUGUUUGUA